GUUAAAUCUUGCAGAAAACUUUAAAAAAACACACUUCGGAAAAUGACUUUCGGGGUUUUCAAUUCAAACUUUUAAAGUUUAUUAUUUUCUCCUGUUUACUUUGCGUCUGAAUUGGCUUCUUUUCAAUAAUGCGUCUGUGUAAUUCGGGGAUUAUUUUCCUUAUUUUGGCGUGUUGUACCGUCGUCCUGUCUGUGGAGUUAACCAGGAAUAAACCUGCGAGAGAUUUGCUGAAGUUGUCGAUGCCCAGCAAAGCGAGGAUCAACGCUAAACGAUUUCGACGAGAUGCAGACCAUAAGGAACCUCCUGAUGUAUUGAGCUUUGGCAUGGAUAAAGGAGAAUGCGUGGAUCCUACUUCUUCUGAAGACAGAGAAAUUACUAACUUUGAUGUAAGCCUUGAGUAAUUUAAAAUGUGAUCUAUUGUUCUUCGCGUGCAUUCACGAUUUUGUGCAGUGGUUGUGCUAAAAUUUCCGCGUUGGUUUCUUGUUUACAAUUUACAGUGGAAGUUUGAAAACGAGACAAAACUUAGCAUAUCAAUGGCAUGGAUAGGAAAGAGACAGACCGGGGAAGCAUCAGUAAGUUAACAUUCGUUUAGCGUAGCCAGAAACUGAUUAUGUAAACAAGUAUAGGCUUUUACGUAAAUUCUCUGCGGUAGUUGUUAUUUUCGUUGGCUGUAACGGCCGCUGGAUAGCUGCACAUUGCUCAAAAAUAGUAGUAGGGUUAAGGGAAAAGCAAAUAAAAGUUUUCUGAUGGGUUUUUGAAUUGUUAAGGCUUGCACCUUCCGUGAGCGUCGUGAGAUUUUAUUAUUGAAAUUUGCACUUCGAUUUCCAUGGUUUCCGACAUUUUGUAAAUAAAAUGUUAACUUUGUCUAUAGAGGUAACCUAUAUUAUAGUGACAUGGGUGAAGGUGAACGUGACGCUCCCUUCAAACAUUAUCAUAUUUGUUUCUUAAAUAAGUUUUUACUCUAUUAUUAUUGCCUGAACCCAAAAUACCUCUGAAUUCAUGAUUAUAAAAUUUUUUAAACCUGAAAAUUAUGAAGUCUCUUAGCAGCUGCAUGUAUGUACACUGUAUUUAUUUACUCAGGUGAUGAUAUUUAUUCUUUAUAGUUACACUGUAUGGUUAAAGAUGUUAAGUAUUCAGGGGAAUUGUGUGAGCAGUCAAUCAUCUCUGAAGGGGGCAUAAAGGGGGAUGGCAACACUGCAAAAUGGCACAGAUAUACGUAUAAACACCACACAGAAUAACAUAAGAAAACUGAAACUGCCUUGAAAUUAGCCAAAAAUAUUUAAAUAGACCACAAACCGCUUGGUUUUGUGAAACUACAAUACUGAAAGUUGAAAUUAAAGUUUCCUCAAAAUGGCACCAAAAAUUGUCCAGGACCGCAUCCACAUCAUUCCUCAAGUGAACAUUUGAAUUAAGAAUAAUAAUGUUGGUAAGAUUUUCAUAUAACCCCAUGCAUUUUUAUUGCAUACAUGUUUCAACUCUAUUCAUAUGUAACUAUUUGUGAGAAAAAGUAUGAAAUUGGUGCAUGCAUGAUGAAAUUAAUGUUUGGGGUUACAUGGAACUCUUACCAAAAUUUUUAAUAAAAUAAUCAAACUUCAAACUUUUUGAGUUAAAUUCUAAAGGACUAUACCUAAUUCCAGAAAAAAAAGAGAAAGAAAAUUGUUGUUCUGCAUUUACAUCCUCCAUGUGAAAUCAGGAAGUUUCGUGUCCUAUGUGUGGGAAGGCAAAGAAAUGUACAAAAAAGUGUGAUGCAUAUGCAGAAUUGUUGUUGUAUUAAUCUAAACUUCUAGCUUUUGCUGUUCUCAAGACCUUUUUAGUCUGUCAUUGUGCUAGGCUUAAGCUCCGUUAUGACUGGAAAUAAGACUGUACGGUGUAGAAUUAACAUCACUGCAUAUUUUUACAUUGGGGGCAGUAUAGCAUUGUCAGAAAGAAGAGGAACCCAGGGGUUGAGAUUGGUGGAAUGUACUCUAUAAUCAUUAAUAGUUAUAAGUAGAAAAUUGCAUCAUAACAUUUGCAUUCUUUUUUCUGUUAAUAGUCACUGCUUCUCUUAGCUACAACAGAGUUUUCUUUUCUGUUCACCAAACCAUCAGUCCUUUAUAGAAGGUAUAUUGUAACCAUUUUUGAUACUUACAUGUCAUAAUUACAGUCAACUCUCUCUAAGACGGACACCUUUGGGACCCGCACUAAGUGUCCGUCUUAGAGAGGUGUCCUUCUUAUAGAGAGUCAAAUUAAGGGAGUAGAGAAAGGCAGGGAACAACUCUAGGUGCCCGUUUUACAGAGGUGUCCAUCUUAUAGGGGUGUCCGUUAAGAGAGAGCCGACUGUAUAUAUAACUCUGUGUACACGUAUGUACUGUACUGUUUAUGUUUAUGGCAUCAAUAUCACGUUAGCAAAUGAUCUUUAACUUUCAUGCAACCCUCAGAUCAGCCAAUUCAAAUCCAUCUUGGAAAAUUUUGGCCCCAUCUCGAAAUCUUGGAAGUGUUCGUCAUGGGUCUCGAACUCUCACUUUCGGGUGAUUUUGCAUCUCAGAGGUUCUAAUUAAUUUUUUGAAGUCUCAGUCUCGAAUUUUGAAACCAGCCUUGCAAAGUCUCAAAUUUACCAUUCUAUACCCCUAAUUAUCCAAUGUUCCAUCUAGAGAUUUUUGAGGGAUAGAAGCUUUCCCCCAAAAUGCCCAGCUUCCCCCCCCAAAAAUAUUGUUAUUAUUACAGUAAGUAAUUAUAUCGGAAAAAUCAUCCGGAUGCGACGAGGUCAGUGCACACUGUAACAUAUCUCAAAAUUGUGUCAAAAUGCACCAAACUGAAUCUCAGCGCAUACUCAUUCAGGAAACUCAUGGCCUUCAGCCACUCGAGACUUCUCCCCCAAACAAAAAUUUCUAGAUAGAAACUUGGUAUUGGAUCCUUCUUUUAAUACCUUUGUGACCAGUCAUGCAGUGACUGUUCAGUAUAGUGGAAGCUCCGAUAAGUGGACAUUACCACAGCAUAUUGCUAUCAGGCUAUUGAAUUGUUUUCUUUACUUGCCCGAUAAAUUGAAUUAAUCAAUUUAGCAAAAACAAGAUAACUUCUAUAUGUCAACCCAUCAGUGCCCCCGACCAGAUUCCGGACAGAUUUUAUGUCAUCAGUAUGGAAUUUUUGUCACUGAUGCACAGUUGUCCCAGGAAAGACAGCUGUAUUCGCAGGCUAUGAAGUUUCAGGCUUUCUGCUGACCUUAUUUUAAGCUUUUCAAGAAUACAAACAUAUCAAUCAAGCUCAACUUUUUCUUUGUCAACAGUGAUGACUUUGGUAAAAAGUUCCGCCCUAUCAAUGCAGAGAUAUUUAAUACACACAUCAGAAAAGCUGGUGGAAUUAUGAAAAGUCCUGUGAAUCCCAAAAAGGUUUGUUGCUGAGGGCCUAGAAAUUCUGUUGUAUAAUUGUUCUUCAAAACGAAGCUCAGGUAAAAGUGGUGUCCUUUGUUUCCUAAAGAACAAAUGAAAGUGGGAAUCAAGCAAGAUUGAAACCGUUUUAAACUGAACUCCUUUUUGAACUACAACUUAUUUAGGAUAUUCAAGAAUUUAUGGAUGGUCAAGUUCAUGGUUAUUUUUCCCUGUUUACUUUCACUGGUAAAUUUCGUGUACUAUUUUAUCAUAAUAAUAAUAAUAAUAAUAAUAAUAAUAAUAAUAAUAAUAAAACUGUGAAAGGUUUGAACCCAGGAGUCAUUUCAAAAGGUUGAGUUUGAUCAUCUGGGUGAACGUAGUCCUGAAUAGGACUGUUGUUGUUGACUGACAGACGAACAAUAACAUCGCGACCUAAUUGACCAAUCAGUUUAAUAACCAGAGUAUAAUACCAUCAACUGACGUGAUACAACUCACUUUGACUCUGACGAUGACUACCGCAUAGGUUGUCGAAACGUCAGUCACUGUCAACAACAACAGUCCUAUUCAGGACUACGUUCACCAGGACGAUCAAACUCAACCUUGUGUAAUAAUAAUAAUAAUAGUAAUAAUAAUAAUAAUAAUAAUAUAUUAUUAUUAUUAUUAUUAUUAUUAUAGUUGUCUUUAUUCUGCACUUAUUUGCCAUAUUAAAAGUAAAACUCAGUUGAACUGACAUUUUUGUCAGGUAACCCCCUUCAUUAAGUGCUCAUUUAUGGCAGAGUGGGCGCCAGAGAGAGGUUCAACCCUUAGAUUGGUAAGAAGAUUAAUAGAGAAUUGCAGCAUCAUUCACUGUCUGGUUCUUUUCCUCUUUUCAAAGGUCAUUCUUGUAUCUCAUGGCAGUAUACUUUUCUUACGCAAUUCUGUGAUUGUAAGAACCAUUGAUGGCGGAGAGAAGUGGACAAAUCAUCAAUUACCAUUUCAAGUCACUGGUCCCCUUCUCUUUCAUCCUCGAGAAGAAGAUUGGAUUCUCGGUAGAGGUGUUGUCAAUGGAAAGGUACGUGUUGUUUUUUGUUUGUUAUACACUACAGGCCAUGGGCAUUGCAGCAUUAAACACGUGUUUCUUGGGUGUCAAUCUACCACAUUGCACACAAAUUACAUGAGAAAAUUAUACAAGCGUGAAACACGCAUUUAAAAAAUACAGACAAAAAUACAUGAGAAGAUAAAUGCAAAUUUUUGGAAACGAAGUGGAAAAUUUUUGUUUGUGUAAAAUUUUAUACGUGUUUUUUGCGUGUAUUUUUCAUGUAAAUCCACCGUAUUGCUUGCAAUUUGCACUCCGGUAAAUGCUGCAAAACCCAUGGCCUGUACUGUAGAUCUUUACUAAAUUUUCCAGUUGGUUGAGUCGAGGCAGAGCAGUGCAUUGCAUUUUACUGUUACUGGGUUAUGGCUUCCAGUGCCAAGAAAAAAAAUACAGGACUCUGAAUUGGAAAAAUUGAAACCAUUUAAGAGGUGGGUUUCCAUGAAUAACAUAUUUUUUUUUACGCAACAAAAAAUUUUAACAGAUGUUAAUUUUCCUAUGAUCUGUGGGCAUGCAUCCGGGAAAUUGUUUUCCAUGGCAUCUAAAAUCCUUGGACUUGAAACAUGCUUUAUUUGAAUGGGUAUCUCAAUCUGUUUUCAAUUAACUAUUAUUUAUAAGAAUUGCAUUUCUGGCAUCAAUGGUGAUGAGGUGAUACUUGUCCUUGUAGGUGUUUUUAUCAAAAGACUUUGGAAAAACGUGGACAUUUUUGCAGACUUAUGUUAGAGAUGUUAAAUGGUGAGAAAUGACAGUGAUGUUAUUAGAACAUGUAACAGCUAUAACUAGUGUAAUAAAAUAAUGUAAUAUUAAUUAUGGUGUAAUAAAUAUUAAAGUUGGUAUUACAUUGUAAUACUAGAGAUAAUCAUUGAUUAUUAAAGGAUCUGCAUUCAUCACUCAUGGAAACGAAAUCCAGUCGAGGAGUCCAGUUUCCUGGCCAAGACGCCCCUGAUAAAAUCAGUAGGGGUGGCUAAUAGGCAGUUGCCCGCUACACCUUGAAAAUUUGUGGCUUUGGAAAACCAAGAUUAGGAUGCGUUCUGAUGAAAGCAAAUAUUAUUAUUAAUGUUUGUGUUAUAGUAGGCGCUGGUGCAUGUUGUAAGAAAAUGACAUAAUUUCAGAUGUAAAAUUUGACAUGAGAACAAAUAUUUUUAAUGUGUGGUAAAUUUUUGAGUACCUUGGGUACCAGAGGUUUUUUCUCACGUGCAACGGGGAGCUUUGUUUUGUCGGCCACAGGCCGACACGUGUUCGGCCAAAGGCCAAAGACACAAACGGCGAAGCUGCGAGAAAAAACCUCUGGCACAGAGCACCUUGAUUUACCGUGCUAGAUGGACCUUGACCUUGUCUCUAAUCUGUCAAUCAAAGCAGUGGUUGCGAGACUGUUUAAUUAGCUAACUCAAAAGUAAUUAUCAAGGGAGUAACGACGCGUUCUAGCCACAUUAUCACAGUCACAUUAUCUUUAGAAAAACAAGGUGUAGUUUGAAAAUCAUUGCUAAUCUUGUCCCUGUGCAGUUCUCCAUAAUUUAUGUAACUUCAGUUUAAGCUGCAAUCCAUUCAUGAAAAUUUGAUUCUGAAAAUCACUAAAGGAGAAUUUAAAAAGAUAAAGGGGAUAAGGGAAUUCUAGCACAAGAGUACGAGAGGGACACGAGGAGGCAUACUGCUCGCACUCUCCCACACCCAAAUUCCACCAUCUUUGCCUUUAAACAUCUGCCACGCAGGCUAGAUUCAGUUAUUUAUUUAAAAUGGAAGGUGAAAUGGUGAGUCUACCGGACUGUUGAAAGUCAUCCCUUCCUGUUUUCAUGUGUGGGUUGUUUUUUUGCUUUGUAGGGGUGCCAGAACAGACAAAAAGGAUGACAAGGAAGAGAAGACAAUUCUUAUGACAGUGGCUGCCAGUGAGUUUAAACUGCCAUGAUGAUAUUUUUGUCUUUGUAGUGUUGACGUUAAAUUAUGUAUUCCAGUCUUUUUUCAAAACAAUCAACAUUGUUUAGGGGAGACGGGGACAGCGGAAAUAUAUUAGGCUCUUAAAACAACAUUUGCAAGCUCUUAUAAGAAGUAGAGUACAUGUACAGAUUAAUUUAGCAAAGUGCGUCUUCUGGCCUAAAUUUCCUCAAGUGUCCCAUGAUGGUUUGACCAGGUUUGUAGGUUAAAACAAUAUUAACCUGAAUUAGAUUUGACCCCCAGCAUUUUAUACCCGACUUUACCUUUUAUGUAUUACUUUGGUUUUAUUUUGUAUUGCUUUCACUGUCCUGAUUUUUAGUAACUUGCAGUGAUUUUUUUUCCUCUGCAUCCUUGAUGUACAAAAAUCUCCAAAGACGCACAAUAAUUUAUGGCAUAUGUCCUGUAGGGCACAAAAAAUGAUUGAUCGAUCGAUUUGAAGAUUUUGUGGUAGAAUAACCUGUUCAUGUGAUUUCCGUGGCUGUUGUUUAAAGAUGCAUUUUAAUUAUUUUAGACUAAUUUUUUUGCUUUAAAUAUAUAGAAGGACUAUACUUCAGUUUCAGUAAACUGUAAUAAAGAGUUUUGGCCAUCUGUCUCCAGAUUAACUAUCUGGUUUAAUUUAGGAUUCCUUGUUUUUCUUUUUUUUCAACUGGGAAUCAUUGGUUGUGUACAGGGACUCAUGAUUUCUCACAGGAUGAGUCCCAGGACACACCAUAACUAUUUGUAACAAAAUCACUGAACUUGUGCUCGACAACCAGUUGACAUGUGGAAUUUCAUGCAUGCAGUUUAGAUAUCCUACAGUUUUACUGGUGAAAAGUUAUAACUUGCAGAUAGAAGGAGUAAUUAUCCAUAGUCUAACCACUUUGAACACAUUGUUUUACUACUUGUAUGUUGAUAAAAAUUAAAAUAUUGAAAUGUUUCACAGGCCCUCAAGGCUUCUUGAUGGGAGAGGCUGACUUGAUGAGAUCAAGGGACCUGGGAGAAAAGUUUGAAUGUAAGUCAACAUCUGAUGAGACGUUUCAAUAUUUAUACUACUACAUGAGAAAUUUUUGCUAUUUGAUUGGCUUAGAGCGGUGGUUUUUCAGCUUGAUUUGAAAUAUCUACAUGUGAAAAUUACAAACAUUUGCGGGUAGUAGUAUAAACAAAUAAAAGCAGGAUUUGUACGUGAUACGUGGCGUACAUGUAAAUACCGCGAGUGAUAUUUCAAAAUUGUCUCAAAUUUCACUCACCUAAUAGCUUCUGAAAUUAGGUAUAACAAUUUUGAAAUAUUACUUGUGGUAUUUAUGCCAAAUAUGACUACAACAUGCUGUUAUCCAUACAAAUUGAAGUAGCCAGCAGGUUUGAAUAGAGUAACUAACUGUAUCAACAAGGGGCUUUUAGUCGCCUUCAUCUAGAAGGGGUCUGGGGGCAGGCAUCUCCAAAAAAUGUUGAAAAAUACAAUUUCAUGCAUUCUGGGGACUAAGUUGGGUGUACUCAAAAGAGUGUGUUUUUCUAUGUAUGUCAGUCAAAUUUCGAUUUAUCAGCCACACAAACAACUCCUAUCCUGUAUCAAAGCAUUGCACAAAUGGCAAUGUUUAAUAAAAUUACAUACAUUACAUUUUUGUAAACAAAUUCUGCAUAACACUACGAAGAAUACUGAUGAAUAAUUAUGGUCUUACACUUUUUCAGCUAUUCAUGUUCAGCAUGUUUUUAGCUUUGGGCUUCAGGGACCAUUCCUAUAUGUAUCCAUCAACCAUAACAAGGUGAAUAAAUUUAGUUUAUGACUCAAUUAUUUUAUAACACUUUCUGUAUCAAUGUAUUAUUGUUGAAACAGAGUCAUCUUCACUGUCACCAGCAUUGUUGUCAUCAUCAUGGUCACCAUCACCUUCACUGUUAUUAUUGUGAGUGACCUUACACCAUCAUCAUCACAGUCUAGUAAUCACCAUUGCUGUCAUUAACAUCAUCAUCAUCUUCAUCAUCAUCAUCAUCAUCGCAGUCAUCAUCAUUGCCAUCAUCAUCAUCGUCAUCAUCAUCGUCGUCGUCGUCGUCAUCGUCAUCAUUGUCAUCAUCGUCAUCGUCAUCGUCGUCGUCGUCAUCAUCAUCAUCAUCAUCGUCAUUAUCAUUGCCAUCAUCAUCGUCAUCAUCAUCAUCAUCAUCAUCGUUGUCAUUAUCUUUGCCAUCGUCGUCGUCGUCGUUAUCAUCAUCAUCAUUAUCAUUGCCAUCAUCAUCGUCAUCAUCAUCAUCAUCGUUGUCAUUAUCUUUGCCAUCGUCGUCGUCGUCAUCAUCAUCAUCGUCAUCAUCAUCAUCGUCGUUGUCAUCACCAUCAUCAUCAUCGUCAUUAUCAUUACCAUCAUCAUCAUCAUCAUCUUCGUCGUCGUCACCAUCAUCAUCAUCGUCGUUGUCAUCAUCAUCAUCAUCAUCAUCAUUAUCAUUACCAUCAUCAUCAUCAUCUUCGUCGUCGUCGUCACCAUCAUCAUCAUCGUCGUUGUCAUCAUCAUCAUCAUCAUCGUCAUUAUCAUUACCAUCAUCAUCAUCAUCUUCGUCGUCGUCAUCAUCAUCAUCAUCGUCGUUGUCAUUAUCAUCAUCAUCAUCGUCAUUAUCAUUGCUAUCAUCAUCAUCAUCAUCAUCAUCGUCAUUAUCAUUGCUAUCAUCAUCAUCAUCAUCAUCUUCGUCGUCAUCAUCAUCAUCAUCAUCGUCGUCGUUGUCGUCGUCAUCAUCAUCAUCAUCGUCAUCAUCAUCUUGGUUAUCAUCUCGUCACUAUCAUCAUUUACAUUGUUAAGAUGAUUGUCACCAUUUUUGUUUUUACUUACAUUAUACAAUCUAGUCUCUCUUGUGUUACUUUUGUCACCUGUUGUGCUAAUUUUUACGUAACCUGCAAACUCAUUACUAAAUUAUUUUAAGGAUCUGCUGUACAUAUGUUGUUUUUUUCUGUUAGAAUAACAAUACACGCAUAAUGCACGUGUCUAAAGAUGGUGGGGAUUCUUGGAAUCCUGUUCAAGUGCCGACCAUCACACCUGAGAGGGUAAGUUUUACAGCAACUGUCCAUGUGUUAGCGUGAUAACCUGACAACCAUUUGAAUUCAAACCAUCAUUCAGUAGGGAGCUUAAGCAACGAUGGCAAUGGCAGAGAUAACGUCACCCAAAAAGCGAAUUCCCCCUGUUUCAAACUUUAUCGCUCUUAUAAUUCCAACGCUUUUAAUUUGUCAAAUGUUGAUGAUUUUUUCAGGAGUUGAACUCUAAAGGACUGUAUCAAAUUGAGUUCACAAAAAGAAAAAGAAAAUCAUUGUCUUGUGGUUACGUCCUCCGUCAAAUGUGAAAAAAAAUAAGAAUUUUCACUUUGUAGUCCUGCAGUGAUGGCAAAGAAAAUAAUGUAUAAAAAAGCAUGAUGCAUAUGCAAAGUUGUUGUUUUACCAAUCUCAACCUGUUGCUUUUUUGCUGUUCUCAUUGCCGUCGCCAUCAAUGUUGCUUUAGCUUCCUAGUUCCAACUAGACAAUGACUGGAUGCAGCUCUAUGCCUGGUAGGAGUUUAACUUAACAAGGUACUGACUCAUGCCAUUUUUCUCCAAAUGACAUUCGGAUUUCAGACAUAAAAACUGAACCCAUAUUUUUUUGGAUAUUUUACAUAAUUAUAAUUACACUUAGUUACAAUACGGAGACAGAGGAGGGGCUUGAAGUUUCUUUGUUUACUUUCCUAAAUAAGCGUUGAGGUCUUUAAGUGUGCUUGUAAAUACUUUUCCGCUCGUGCUUUUUUUAAUCAAAGUCACCCAUCCUUCCUACAAUCUAUAACUCCCUAAGACACUGAGAUGUUGAGUUAACAGAAUUUACUAAUAUGGUUAUUGUGAUUAGUCUUCUACAUUGUACAUUAUGAAUAAACAGUGUAUCCAGACAAAGCCUUGUACUGGUGAAUGAAUCUAUUGUAUGAAAUAAAUUUUUGCACUCUAUACAGACUCUAGUUUUGAAAUACAGUCACUAGACAGUCCCAGUAUACGUUGUCAUACAGUCAUUUAAUACUUUCAAAAAAAAAAAAUUGCGUACCGGUAAGUGUUGUUUUCAAGUUUUCUUGGAAGGAUUGUAAAUCCCAAGAGAAUUGGAAACAAUGCUUAUGCGAAACCUUUUUUUGGGGGGGGGGGGGGGGGGGUAAACAAGGUGUAUCAUGGGAAUGAGAAAGUAGUGAAUUUUGUAUUUCUUUGCUAGUUUUACUCCAUCCUGGACAUGUCUGAGGGGAUGAUCUUUCUUCAUGUGGAUGACCCAGGAGGUAAUUUGUGCACUUUGAUUUAAGUUUGUUAAUACACUGCAGGGUUCAAAUGAAAAGGUACCAUACUUUUCGCCAUCUGAAUCAAUAAUUUACUAGCAAGAUCUUGAAUUUUCAGCAUCUAGCAUUUAAGAAGUUGACUUUUUAGUACCUGGCCAGCAAAAUCUUGAAUAUUCAAGAUGUUAAAGUUUUUGAAGUGACUGGUGUAAAAUGGUUUAACCAUAUCAUUCUUGCCUCAUUUCAGACACUGGAAAAGGAGUGUUGUACACUUCUGAUGCUGACGGGAUCGUUUUUAGUGAAUCUCUAAGAGACCACGUGGUGAGUUUGAUGUGUUUUUUGUGGAGGUAGACCACAAGCAGUUGUCCUUUUUUCCUUAGAGUAACACGUUGCAUGAGAAAAAGUACAGUUAUGAAAAUAAAUGCUUCUGCCCUCUUUCGUCACGACUAUGCCCUCACCCCUCACAUGUGCUCUUAAUUUACUUCGACUCAGAAGAAAAAUAAGGGACUGCUCACAGUAGUAUUCUGAAGGUAACAACCGAUUUCGCUAGUCGUCAAACUCGUUACGUUCUAGUUCUCAACAAAUUCGCUACGUAUUUCUCUCUGUGAACCAUUGAAAAUACGGUGUAGUGAGCUACAGUACAGUCCACGGGUAUUGCAGCAUUACACGCGUGUAAAAAAUACACGCAAAAUUUUGGAAACUGAGUGUAAAAUUUUACAUUGCGUGUAAUUGUUCGUGUAAAAUUUCACGCGCGUGUUUUUGCGUGCAUAUCCACCAUAUUGCACGCAAUUUACACGCAUGUAAAUGCUGCAAUGCCCAUAGCCUGUACUGUAAUUAAUAACUCUGCUAAUGGAUUUAUCGAAGUCCUGUCUUGUACAUUUUACUUUGUGAAAUGUCAUAUUUUUAUGGGGAUAUUGUUACAGUGAAUAGUUACACUGUACAUUGGGCUGUCACGGGACUGCAGUCAUCUUGUGCAUCUCAAAUAAAAAUGCUGCCGCUGUUAAUGUUGUUGUUGUUUUUAUUAUGUUUCCGUAAACAGUACACAAACUAUGGUGAAGUGAAUGAUUUUUUCAAAGUUGAGUCAAUGACAGGGACUUACCUCACCAGCCGCAUGAAUAGCGGUACGUAUGCCAUACAUUCCUGUGCCCUAGUCUACUUGUAGAUAUCUCUUACGUGAGGCUAAGAACACCCCAUUCAUGCUGUCUCCUCGUUAUUGCAGUCUUUUCUGUCUCCUCCUCAGCUACUCUGUUUUUUAUUUAUCCCGCGGCUACCUAGCCUGCUCCACAGACGAAACUAAACUUCCCGCUAAGUCCGUCUGCGAAACAGCUCCGAAAUCCUUGUUCCGGGUGCCCACCUGUGUACCAGGAUUUGGGUACGCGCUAUGAUUGGCUUGUUAAAAAGGCCAUUGUUGAUUUGCCAAUCAGGUUGAGAGGAAAUUCGAAACUCACUUCCGGUAAUUCGUUGAGUCCGUUGAGGGCCUUGAACAAGAAUAUCGGCGCUGCUUCGUAGACGUUACUAACUGGAGUUAGUUUAUGUCUGCGACACAGGCUAACGGCUACUAUUUGGCAUAGAAGUGAAACUAUCCACCUUGAAAGGCUACAUGUUUGAAAUUUGCGUGACAUUAUAUAUUGUACUGAUCGUUUCGCCCAGUUGUUGUGAAGUGCGAUUAGUAUAGGUAAUAGCAUGAGUUGUAGUGAUAAUUGGCAUAAAUACCACGAGUGAUAUUUCGAAAUUGGUAUACGUAAAGGCGAGUGAAAUUUGAGACAAUUUUGAAAUAUGACGAGCGGUAUUUAUGCUAAAUAUCACCUACAAAUCAUGCUAUUAUUUGUUUAUACUACUACCCGCAAAAGAUUUGUAAUUUUCACUUGGAGGUAUUUUAAAUGAAGCUGAAAUACCACUGCUCUAAGCCAAUCAAAUUGCAGAAAUUUCUCAUAUAGUAAUAUAAAGAAUGAAAAUCAGCAUUGCUCCAUAAAUUGAGAGAAAAAGUCAAAUCAAUGCCGUGUAAACUGGCAUUAAAAGGGGGAAUAAGACGAGUACAAAUUCCCAUGGAUUUACCCGCAUGCUUGUUUUGUCACACAAAUUUCAUCGUUUUAAAUUAUGUGAAAAGGCGUCAAAAUAAUACGAUUAAUUUUGUGGUGAAGUUAACAGCUGUGUUUAAUGUGGUAUUUUUUCCCCAAUUUGCAGAUAACUCUGUUACUUCGUUGAUAAGCCAUGAUCGUGGAGGAGAAUGGAAACUUAUUCCUUUAACUGAAAAGCAAUGCGAGGGAGUUUCACGGAAGGUAGAUAUUUAAAUGCCUUAUCCAUUGUGGAGAUAUUCUCAGACCUGCCUUUGCUGGUUUACAGUCGCUCCAAUCAAAUAUUCCAGACCUCUAGAUUUGAAGACGAGGACGACUGCGAGUACCAGGUUUUCUCCGUAGAGAAAUUUACAGUUACGUUUACGGCGAACGACCAGUCGACAAACUUGAAUUUGUACCACCUGACCAAGUUUUCCCUUAACUUGUCGUUUACAGUUUAUUUUAAAUACACGGAAAUCAGUAGAUACACUACAGUCUUAUCCAUAAGAAUAAUUUUGAGCUUAGAAAUUCUCGACGUGAAUCUGACGUUUGCCAUUUGCCGUAUGCGUGGACUGUCGUAUGCGUGGCUCAAAUUUCUCUAAGUAAUACUAAGUAGUGCGGGCGCGUGAACCAGCGUCAUUUUGGCUGGAAAACGUGAUAGCCGUCGCCACUCUACUACGAGUUUUAGCGGAGCUCCAUAGCUAAGGAAAUGUGGUUAUCUACCCAUUCGAGAAAAUUUGGUAAUCACGUGACCGUACACCGAGCGAGCGACCGUCCGUCCGCACCACAGGCAUACCAAUGUAAAAUAACUCAAUCAAGAGGUAUGGCAACCCAAAUGCAAUAUUUGGAUUGAAAUCACAUGGCCGCCCGGACUUUUAGAAAGAAAAAACAACAACAAAGUCGUGUGUUUUUCGGCGUUAUUUUUUAUGUUUACACUAACGUGGAUAACAGAGAAAGAGCUAGAGCGAGUUAUUGAAAACAAAGGAGACGAAUUUCGUAGGAAGAAAAACAUGGGAAUUCAAAGCGGCGGUGAGAAAAUGAGAAAUGCUAGCGGCCAGCAAGGUGAAAAUGAGCGGCAGUGAAAAAUAAAAGCGAACAUGAACACAGGAAACAAAAUAUUGGGUAAGCACAUACGACAAUUCCUCCAUAAAAAUAAUGUGUACCUAGGAAGUUUGACGUUUUGGUCGUACAAAACAGCGUUGUAGUCGUGCAAAACAACGGCAAGGGAAAGACAAAAAAGCGUGCUGCACGUGCAAAUUUGUUUUUUGCUAAUUAGAAGAAAAAGUGUGCUGCACGUGCAAUUUGUUUUUUUGCUAAUUAGAUCUAUUAGUCUUGAAGCCAUUUUCAUCCCCGUUUAGCAUUACACGAUUUAUUUUUUUUGUUUACACGUAUUAUUACUUUUGUAACCAGAGCUUCGCUUUUAGCCCUGGCUAAAUCUAUAUAUUAGUAAGAAUGUCGUAGUGGCGGAAGCAAGUUUUCAAAUGUGAGAAUAUUUAUCACUUAGCUUCGGGAGAGAGAUUGACACCCUUUAAUAAUAAUAACAUUGCCAACUUUUCUGGUGAAAAUUACAAUGAAGCUUUCCGGGUGUCUAUUUUUUGAGAAAACGCGAAAAAACCUUGUCUUCUUAGUCGCUCUCGUCCUUGAAUCUGAAGGUCUCUAUUUAGAAACAGAUGGUCUAAAUGAAACACGGAGUAGUUACAAACUUAAAGUUACAAAUGGCGAACUGGCAGGGGCAUUUUUUCCUCAACGACAUUUCUCGCAUUCUAUUGACAUUCACCCUGACUUCAGAACGUUUCUAUCUCCCGACUCCGCUUACGACUCUGUCGUUCACAAUCUAGUAUAAACCAGAUUAUUCGAGUCGGAAGCAGAAGUGCUUUGUGAUUGGUUUAGUUCUUGCGGUUCAGCUUAUGACUCCAACAGCCUAGUUUUCACUAGAUCGUAAGCGACAUAGUCGUAAGCGGAAUCAGAAUCCUCUUUUCCACUAGAUCAUUAAGGUCCACGCAUCUGAAUACGACUCCGAAUCUGACUCCGUAACCGGUAAAAAAGCAGCCUUAACAGCUUUAAAACAAAACAAAACAGUUUUAACUAUUAACUCUUUAUUUUUCAGCUGAAUGAGCGAUGUUCCCUUCAGAUUCACAACCGUUUUAGCGCCAGCAGAGGUGUGGAUUUCCCUCAGGGACCGCUUAGUUUACCCAACGCUGUUGGUGUUAUUAUUGCUCAUGGGAAUCCAGGUGUUGCUUUGACCAGAAGAGCGGAUGUUUGGAUGACUCGCGAUGGUGGCUACAACUGGUAUAAGGUGUGUUACAUUCAUUGGAAUGGUUACAUCAUAGAGUUUUGUCCACCGACUCAAAAGUUAGAACUACAUACUAUUGAAUACUACCAUGUGAAAGUACUGCUGAAGAGGUUUCAUGUGAUUGGUCGCACCGUAGGAUUUCGUCCACAGAAUCAAGAGAUAGAAGCACAUACUAAAUGAAUAGUAGCAUGUGAAAGUACUGAUGAAGAGUCUUCAUGUGAAUGGUCACACCAUAGGAUUUCAUCCAGAGACUCACGAGUCAGAACUACAUACUAAAUAAAUAGUACUACCUUGUGAAAGUGCUGCUGAAGAGGUUUAGUUUGAAUGGUCACACGAUAUAAUUUUAUCCCCAGACUCAAAAGUUAGAACCAUGUGCUAAAUAAAUAGUACGACUUGAAAGUACUGUUUGUGAGGUUUCAUUUCAGUUUUGAUAUCUAGAAUUUCACCCCAAAAACGUGAAAGCAUAGUUAUUAGAGGAGACUGGUUAGGAAAAGCGGCAAACAUCAAUUAUAAGAACAACAGUGCUGCAGUUUAUGUUGGAAGUACCGUGAAUGUGCACAAUCCUUUGUUUUCUGUUGGCAAAUUGUUACGGAAUAAAUUAAUGCAACGUUUUUAUUGGUCAAUACAAUCAGGUCCACAAAAACAUAUAACAAAGGAGUCUGACGGGUUUCAUAACCAUUCCACUCAAUUAGCUAUGGUGAAAGUUAAAACAACAUUACAUGUCUCAACAAAUUGCUCUAGGAGAAAAAGGAGAAUUAUGGAUUUGAUUAAAGUACAGUGAAACCCCGCCUUACGGCCACUUGUUUUUGGCCGCCUGUCAAAAACCGCCAUACAUUUUCUUGUAAAGAAAAAAAAAAAACCCUCGUUGAUACGGCCACCCCGUUAAUAGGGCAAAUUUUAUUUGGCCCAUUGGUGACCGUAUUAACAGAGUUCCACUGUAUGUUAUCGCGUAUAAAGAAACGUGUUUGGAUAUUGGCAAUAGGUUUAAGAGAAAACCCUUCCUAAACUUCUUUAACCCUUUAAGCCCUAAGAGUGAUCAGCGUCAAAUUUCUCCUUGUAAUAUCACUGCUUCAUAAAACAGAGUGGUCAUGAGAAUUAAGGACAUCAUCACACAAGAUGACUCUAAUUGUUACUUCAACAAAUUCUCCCCACUACUUCUCUGAACAUAUAGGGAUAACAUAUGAGAAUUUGAAUUUUGAUUUCAGGGUUUAAAGGGUUAAAUAAACUUCAAUGGCGAGUGAGCCAUUAACGUUGUUUGUACUGUUUAGGUUCUCGAUGGUAUUCAUCACUAUUCCAUCGGUGAUCAUGGUAAUCUGAUCGUGGCUGUGCCAGCAUAUGGAACUUUUACCAAGUUUCUCAUGUGAGUCUGAAAGACAUUAGACUUAAAGGGGCACGAUGAUGUUGCUAUUUUAAGUUAGCCUGGGACCAGGCUCCCUAGUAGUGGGGAAAAAGGUGAACAAGAUUCACUCGCCGAGGUUUUUGCUGUUUCAGCCCGCGUUUUGCUUUUUCCCCCACUGCGGAGUCGAGCUCAAGUUAUUUUCUUCGUUCCUUUACCCAUGCACACAAAUGCUUAUGAAGAAAAUAUCGCACAAAUUUUACCAGGGAGCCCGAACCUGAAUUAUUUCGGUGAUCUCAGCAGUCAUAUUGUUAGAACUGCAAAAAUUUGGCCCAACUUUUUCAAGUUCCAAUCCAUGUCCAUCCUUACCUACCCUGCGUGCCAGAGGCUUUUCAUGCGCGGUUUCCGGUUUCGGUCAAGUGUUAAAAAGUGACCCGCGCUUCGCUCGCGUCUUCGGCCUUUGGCCGAAGACGUGUCGGCUUGCGGCCGACGAAACGAAGCUCCCCGUCGCGCGCGAGAAAAAACCUCUGGUACCCAGGGUAAUCCUUACUAUCCGUUGCAACCGACAACAGGAAACAGUUUCAAUGCCUAGAUAUAGUCGUAAAUAACAAAUCUGGAUCAUUUUUUUUAACUCUAAUUAAUGCGAAGACAAGUUUUAGCCUUUUAAAACGAUGGCAAAUAGCGUUAGGGGCCGACCAUCUAACUCUUGAGGAGGGGGGUGAGUGAUUUUGAAAAAAAAUUUCCUGCAAGCGCUUGUCGGAAGAAAAAAAUUGCAUGCAGCACAAAUGUAAUAGAAAGCCUAUGGGAAAAAAGGGAAAAAAUAUCCUGCCCACCAGAUUGCUAGAAAGAAAAAUUCUUGAUGACCAAACAUCACCCACCCCACCCCCUCAAGAGUUAAAUGGUCGGCCCCUUAUAUAGCCCCUUCAAUUCUUUCAGCCCAGCCGUCAUUUCUACUGACUGUGCCUACAUACGGAACAGGCUACGCAGCAUUUACACGCGUGAAAAUUGCGUGCAAUAUGGCGGAUUUACACGCAAAAAAACGCGUGUAAAAUUUUACACGAACAAUUACAAGCAGUGUAAGGUUUUACAGUCAGUUUCCAAAACUUUCCGUGUAUUUUUUACACGCGUGUUUCGUGCGUGUAUUUCUUGUGUAAUUUGUGUGCAAUAUGGCGGAUUUACACUCAAGAAACACGCGUGUAAUGCUGCAAUGCCCAUGGCCUGUACUGUAGUUAUCAAAGCUGCAGUUUUAGCCGAAAGCUCUUAUGUUUUUUUUCCUUCAGUUCUAUCGACCACAGACUGGUUAGCUGAAUUGGUUAAAUACCGGUCUUUGCAGUGAAAACACUGUUCUGUGGCUCGUGAUUCCACUGUUGUUUUGAGUAUUUUGAUGCCCGUAUCGUUCGUCGCUGCAAAGAAUGACCUUUUUAAAGUCACAGGUUACCUAAGCUCGAAAUACGACCAUCGGCACUGUUUUGUAAAUUUCGAAAUUAAAGGAUUUGUAGCCUACGAAUGCGAAAGGAUUUAAAUAAAAAUCGGCUCACCUUACUAAAGUUGUGGGGUUUCCAAGUCGAUUUAUGCCCAUUUUAUGGGUUUUAUCGAUAACAAACCGCUUCCAAUAAAACCCAUAAAAUGGCUAUCAAACAGGAAUACUCAAAGGAAAAAAGAAAAUCACACGUGAAGUUAGGUUUUUAUUUCAAUCCUUCACAUUCGUAGGUUACUGUAACAAUUGUUUUUUCGCCAUACAUUACAAGUCCUUAUCCAACAGCGCCGAUGGUCAUAUUUUGACCUUGGCCCAGUUGUGGUCGCGAGGGGAAGGGGAGGCGGGUACUUGGGUUGAUUUUUGCUAGGUUUAUGCCGCUGGCCUCUCAGAGUCCCUACCCCAUUAUAGUCUAUUCUGUGGCCAAUUAUAGACCCCAUUUGAACAGAUGUAAUUUUAUCGAUCCCAACUUUAUAGUCGCUUUCUAUUUUAUCUACCUUAUCAAUCCUUUAAAUACUUUACUUUUCACCUACAUUACAAACAUCCAGGUACGUUUUCUAACCGUAAAUAUGGAGAACUUUCUUACCCCCAAAAUCCGAAAAUGUACAACCCCAUAGUAGUACGUCUGUUGAAAAUGCAACCCCAUUAUACUCAAUCCAGCCCCAUCCAGCGGCACAUCCCCAUUAGCCCCUUAUAAGGAAGUACCCUCCCCCUCCUGGCCCUCGGUGUAGUCGAAACAUUCGUAAUUGUUUCUUAAUUCAUUGAAUACACUACAGGUACUCGGUGAAUGAAGGCCUGUGCUGGUUCAAGUACAGGUUUACCGAGCAGGACUUUCACGUCACAGGGCUGGUAACUGAGCCUGGCGCCAAGACGAUGAGGUUCAGUAUAUGGGGUUACACUUUGCCAUCGCCUGAAUGGGAAGUCAUCACUGUGGACUUUGAAAAAGUGCUUACGAGAAGUUGUAAGUCAGUGUGACAUUAUACGUUAACUGUACAAUGUUAUAAAGUUUAAGUAGAUGAAGGGAUUAGUUUCCAUAGAGACUUUGGUGCUACGUGGACUUGGGGGUGGGGGAAAAGUAUGGAGGGGGGUGGGGAAUAAGGGUGGCUUUUGACUGCGAUGAAUAGGCUAGUACUCGAAUCUUGUGACAGUAAAAUUUAGUCAAACCAUGAGAAGAGACGGCCACCACUUUCAGCGUUUUUUUGCGUCGAGAGCUGUGUAGAUAAAUAGUGACAGGGAGAUUUAUAGAGAUCCUUGCAAGAACGAGGGCGACGGAGACGAAAACAUCGCUUAAAAAGUGAAUUCAGUGUGCAGGGUGUUUGUCGUAUGAACCUAGUUUAGUGGCCUCAGCUCCCACGAGUCUCCUGUAGCUCAGUGAUAUAGCAUCUGGAGUACUAACUAGAGGGUCGUAGAUUCGACUGCUGUUAGAAGUCGCCCGUCUAAUCUAAUGAAAAAAACAUAUAUCAUUCUGUAUCUCCAUCAUUGUCAUUUGUGACGGCGAGGUUAUUUUAAACGUUCAUUAUGUUGAAACCGUGGCAGGAUUAGCUCAGUCGGUGAGCGCUUGACUGCAGAGCGGGAGGUCAAGGGUUCGAUUCCCAGUGCCGGACCAACACUCAGGGCCUUAAAUUAACUGAGAAACAAAGAUACUCCCUUUGCACUGCAAGCAGCUAGAGCCUCGCGUGGCUCUGAUGACCACGUAAAAUGGCGGUCCUUUUGAAGACGUUAACAUAGUGUCCUCUAUUAGUACUUUCGUGCUAAAUACAUUGACACUCAAAUAUAGUGCUUUUUUUUCUUAGGUGGGAACAACGAUUAUGAGGACUGGGUGGCCCAUGAAGGGGGUAAAAAUAACGGCUGCCUCCUGGGUAAGAAAGUCACGUUCAGGAGACUCAAGAAGCAAUCACUGUGAGUAAAAGAGAGAAAAAAGUUUCUGAUAAGUGUUGUAAUGUUAUGUACCAUGAUACCCUCCUGACUGGCCAUUUUGGCGGAUCCAAUCCUUUACUUUAGAUGGGUGGCCGACUUAUCCAGAUCUUGCGAUGAAAAGGGGGUGCUCUCGAAAAACGUCUUUGCGCUGCCCUCAGUUUGAUCCAAAGAUAUGGGUGGAGCCCGCCCCCUCCCCCCUUCCCCCCUUUGGGCCCCUCCCCUAAAUCUGCUUCUGGGAAGGACCUGACUUAAUUGUGACACGUUUUUGUUAAGGAAACAAAAAAACCUUGGUGAAUGGCAGGUCGAAAGCCGGGGGUUUCUUGGUGUUGCAGAAUCUACUGUUAGUUCUCUGUUGUGUUGUUGUGUUGUUUUGUCUCUUUUCAAUCUCUUGUUUUUCUUCAUUUCAUGACUGUACAAUCCACAACAUCAAGAAAGGAGUCCGACAAAUUGUACUUUAUUCUUGUUGUCCAGGGACUGAUUUAGUCAGGGGAGCUCCCAGGAGCUUAACAGUUUUCUCCGUGCAAACUAUGUAACGAUUUUGCUCUUAAAUAGCACUUGCCAAUCAACCAUCCUUGGGUUUCCGAGGAUGCCCUUUGCGGAGAAAUAGCCUUUACAUGUACAUAUCACGAGUCAUCUGUAAACGUUCCAUCGGACCCUGUGUCUUUUUUGCACUCAUAUCCGUCCCUGUUAACACCGCUGUAAAUUGUUCACUGUUUUGUUUUGUUUUGUUUACACCUUACAGCUGUUUUAAUGGAGUGGAUUACAAACCAAACCAGCGAGAUGAGUGUUGCAAAUGUACUCAAGACGAUAUGGAAUGGUAAGGAAAACUUUGUUUCAACAGCUGUGUAAUAAUUUUCUGUUUCCAUUCAACAUACCCCACUUAAAUUUCACAGGAGUAUCUCCUACCCCUGUUGCUGACCGUAAAGGUGAUGUUACACGGGACGAUUCGCAACGACGAUUUUCACGGCAACACAGCGUUGCAAUGUUGGAACAAUGUGGUCACUAUUCGAAACAAUGUCGCAACAAUAUUGCAACGCUGUGUUGCGCUAAAAAUCGUCUUUGCGAAUCGUCUCGUGUAACAUCACCUUAAGGCAGAUGGGCCAGUUGUGGUGAACAAAACCUUACAAUGGUUUAGACCUAAACGGCUGAAGUCUUUACCCAAUGUUAGACCAAAAGGGGUCAAAGGCAGCUGCACACCCGAGGGGGCAGUGGGAUAGAGUGAGAGUUCAGGGAACGGACCUGGUUUAAAAUUACAAAACCAUUUUCUCAUUCAGUAUGAUUCUCACAGUCAAAAAAAUAGAUGAAUUCUUGUGUAAACGUGGACUCUAAGCCCCCCAAUUGAGGAGUGACAAGUGCAAAGGAAAACUUCACUCUGCCUAUGCUCAGUGGCACGAAACAGAAAGAAAGGCUACACAGGGAUCUUGCUUGUGCCCUGUGCAGAUAUAGCCUGAGAAAAAAACCGACAUUUGGCGACGCUACCACUGGUUUUCCCGCCAAAUGGCGUCUGAGAAACGAGGGCAGAAAUUCCUUACUGAUGACGCGUCACUACCCAGAUCUGGGUAGUGCCUCUGAUUGGUUGAAUCAAAUUUCCCACGCGGCACGACCAGUCAGAAGCAUUACUCAGAUCUGGGUAGUGACGCGUCAUCAGUAUGGAAUUUCUGCGCUCGUUUCGUAGACGUCAUUUGGCGGGGAAACCAGUGGUAGCGUCACCAAAUGUCGGCUGUUUUCUCAGGCUAGUGCAGAUGGUGUUUUUGUUGUUUUUGUUGUUGUUGAUGAUGAUGAUUAUGAUGAUGAUGAUGAUGAUGAUGAUCACUUUGGUUUUUGUCGUUCUAAGUGACUAUGGUUAUCGCCGAUUGCAAGGGUCUGAGAAAUGUCAGAAAAUAAACGAAAACGAACCGGAGCUCUGCCUGAAUGGAGAUGUGGACGACCUCAAGGACAGUUUAGGGUAUGUACCACGUACCUUUGUUGUUUCUCGUAUAUCAUAUAGUCAACUUCUUCUAAGUAGGACACCUUUUGGACCGGCCUUGUGUUCCCCCUUAGAGAGAUGUUCGUUUUACUAAUUGAGAGUCCACUAAGGGGAGUAAAGAAAGGUAGGGAUCAACUCUAGGUGCCCGUUUUAUAGUGGUGUCUGUUAAGAGAGAGUCGACUGUACAGUCAACUUCCUCUAAGGCGGACACCUUUUGGACUGGCACUACGUGUCUGUCUUAGAGAGAAGUCCGUUUUAUAGAGAGUCAAACAAAAGCAAAGAAAGAAAGGGGCCAACUCUACGUGUCCGUUUUAAAGAGGGGUCCGUUAAGAGAGAGUUUACUGUACAGUCACCUUCCUCUAAGACGGACACCUUUUGGACUGGCACUGUCCUCUUUAAGAGGGAUGUUCAUUUUAUAGAGUCAACUAAAAGGAGUAAAGAAAGGCAGGGACCAACUCUAGGUGUCCGUCUUACGGAGGUGUCCGUUAAGAGAGAGAUCGAGAGAUUUUACUGUAACCACUAUUAUUCAGGUACCGUCUCAUCCCUGGCGAUUGCUGCUGUGGAGGCGAUAAACAUGUAAGGCGAUAUUUAGACACUCAUCAGCUUUGUAAAAAUGAUUCCUGGUACGACUAUGGAAUGGAUUAUAACUAUGAAGCCAAGAAUGGGAAGGUAAGCGUUGAUUGGAGAAAUAAUAUGUAAACAAAGAUUACUUAUAAUUUGUUUUUCUUUGAAGGCCAUUUUGAAUUUUGCAGUCAGUUGGUGCGAGGCCUGGAACUGAGGAUAUUAGGGUUCUAGGACAGUCGGAAAACUAUCGAAGAUCCGAUCGCUUGCCGAGUAAUGACGAACGGUUCGGGAGAUUUCUUGAUUCCAGACCUCGCUCCAGCCGUCGGUAAAAUCAAAAUGGCUACCAAAGAAAACACAUUCCAUGCAUUGAUAAAGUAAAUAAUUAUUACCCAGUCUAAUGUUAGAGCCCAUUUAAUAUUUUACUUGUCAUCCCAUAAUUUGGAAAACAAGCCUAAUUUUUUGCACUUUUUAUGAAAGAAGCACUGCUAGCAUAAUCAUAUUUUGAGAUUUUCUGGAUGGGAACAAUACCAGUGUCAUGACUUGGUUUGUAAGAUUGAUUAUUUUUAAGUUCUGUCCAUGGUUUAGUUUAUUUUUUGGUCUGGGAGGGCAGGAAGGGGGAGAACGUUACCGCAGUACUGUGUUGUUCAUCCCCCAGAGGACUGGGCCACCGACGGUGACAAUUGUGUCCUUCCCAGUUCCCCGCCUUACCGCGUCGAUCAACCCCUAGAGGACUGGGCACGUAUUCGCUAUGGCGUUGAGCCUUUUGGGGUUACAACAUGGAGAACAUUCACCGGAUAACCCAGAAUGCCUACCCGCUCAAAUUGACAGAAAAUGGAGUUGGGCACUGCCAACAGCAUGAUAUUCUAGUUUUACUUAAGGGCCGUUUUGUACUAUGAAUACUGAUUCUCAUUUCCUUGUCUCAUUUAUUUGCAUGAGAAGCACAGCAAGACAGUGUUGUUUGUGGUUAUUCCCAUGUUGUUCAUUGUUAUCAUAGCAGCAAUUUACUUUGGAAGAAAGCACUGGAAACUGCACAAGAUGUAAGUGUUGCGUCUUUGUGUAAUUUGUCACCCCAAUGAAGAAGGGCACGAUCAACGUGGUCAGUCCAAAAUAAAAUUCUUUAUCGUCAAGUCCUCAAACUGUUAUAAAUAUUUUCUCUGUCGCAGGAAACCUGAUUACCGCUACUCAACUUUGUCCCAAGAAGAUGAAGAUGAAUCAGAAGGGGCAGAUGGUUUGAAAUACAACCCCAGACCCAGAGGAUUGCGGGCCUAUAAAGAUGUCGACACGGAUGAUGACGUGAGUAAAAUUUCUGGUCAUAUUUCGAACGUUUUCUGACUAGCCUUUUUGAUAAACGGGUGACAGGUUACGGAUUGUCGUAAACCUCCGGGUGUGAGAGAAGGGUAUCCCCUUUUUUUCCCCUUUAUUUCUGAGGUCACUUACGAGAUCCCUUGUUUCGACUGUAAUUUUAAUUACAAAACGACCAUGUAUUCUGCUGACUACAACUUACGCGUCAAUUGAGGUUUCCUCUUCUAACUCAACAUUAGGGCAAAACUGUGACUUACGGGAGGGGUGGGUGGUCAGUUACUUAAUUAAUAGUAACGGUUUUUGUUUUCACUUUGCAGGAUGCCACUAUGAUAGACCUGUAAAAAUGCGUUGGUAUCACACACAACGUGGAUGUAAAUAUUCACUAAAAACAGCGAAAAGCGCUAUAAACAGCGGUUAGCUUUCAUUUCGUAUUUACAAUGCACCUUUCAAAUCUUUGGAAAUAAUUUAGCGAAAGGUUCCUUGAUAUUUAACUCACAAGAAUUGCCACGCGUAUCGUAGGUUACUUAUGCUUGUGAAGUGUAGUGUAAUCCUUCUAAUAUUUCAACUAACCCACGUGACAGUCACGUUGGGCUUAACGAGAUUGUCGUGACCAGUUCCAAUAGACCUAUUCGGCUAACUCAAUGUUGUACCCAAUUCAAAUCUCCCGGGGAUAAGAUUCUUUGUGUAUUGUAUUUGCAUUAUAAUGUGGCAUUCACAUUUAAAU